ACCUCGAAGGCGGCCACCGCACGUGGCAAGGGUGAAAUCAACAGCUCGCAGUCAUCGCUGGUCUCACGGCAAAGUUCCGGCUCGAGAAGCAGCACGCUGGAGCGACGGUACGACGAGGCUUGCAUGAGUCGAAGUACGUCGAGCUCUAGUUACAGCGGUGACGAAGCUCACACCUCGUCAUACCGAAGGAGUCAGCUGAGGGGAGGUUCCGGAGCGAAUUUGCGGCCAGGGAAUGUCGGUGGAGAUUACAAAAUUCGAAGAUCGAGCAACCAUUGUUUGGCAGACAUUAUGUGUGUAUCCCUGCAGCUGUCGGAACGUUCCCCAAGUCGGCAACUUCUCCAGCAACAGCAACCAGGUCAGCCGCACAAGGUCGUAGUGCGGCUUGGCAACGUGCCUAAAGAGCGGCCGGCGUACCCUGGCGGUGCGAGGAAUCCGCCCAAGUUCCGGGUGUCACCGAACUCCACGCUGGACCGACUCCGACGCGAGACGGCUUCGCACGCCAUGCACGCCGGUCAGGUCGACGUGGUGGACAACAAGACGAGCAAAAGCUUCGACAACAACAACUACGGAGUGUACGAGUACGCGGACUUUGACAAGAGCAAAUCGUUCGACGAAAACUACAUUCUGGACGAUCGGGAGAAGCAGCGAGCGUACGUCGCGACGGAAGGUCGAUCGUAUAGCCAUGAUCGCGUGUUCGGAUCAACGGGGACCUCAUCGAGUAACGAGUACAGCCAGUCUUCGUCGUCGCGAAACAGAACUAGUCCGCAAAGUUACGGGGCGCGGUUGUACGACCACGAGCUACAACAGUAUUCGGAGUUGGGCCGAAAAGCCGCCAUGAGUCGAUCGCCGAUCAUCGGGGGUUACAGUGGACGAAACAGAGGAGGAACUGCUAGGGAUCGCUCACCCGUACCUGGAUCCGCCAAGUUAACGCAACAGCACGGUAGCUUCCAGAAGGACUUGAUGUACGCGGGAAUGAGAAGUCUUGGAACGCCAGACUCGGAGUACGACGAUCGGACGACGACGACGCCGGAUGAUCCCGCGGCAGCGGCAGCCUUCAAGGAGGCCGAACUGGUCAAGAAGUUUCUGUACGCCGCCAAGAACAAGCAAAUGCAAAGAGAGUCCGGAGGACGUGGGGUGGUGGUACCUCCGGCCGGAACGCCCACCUCUGGAAGUUGUACCGCUAGUUCCUGUGACUUUUGGCCACACUGUGGCGCGGCCACGACGCCGCAAACGCUGACGGUCGUCGGCCACGGCCAGUUGACAAAGUCGGGUAGUGAGAACUGUUUGAACAGACGAAGUCUCGUGGUUGGUGACAUUGUUCCUACCGGUGUUAGUAGUGCAGGUGGUGCUGGUUCAGGUGAAGUGAUUGUAAUCAGCGGUGGAAGCCGCGGUGCCACGAUGGUCCCCGUCAAGGCCAACAGUUACGGGGGCACGAGCGGGCACGCCCCGCUCCGCAAGCAGCAGAACGUCGAAAUCCACGACCGGGAUCUGCCGGCGGUGCUCGGAACACCGCGCUAUCUGUACGGAAUGACCUCGGCCAAGGCAAACUCGAUAACGUUCCUCGGCGAGCACGAGAUGCCGAUCACGCGGGAUCCGACCCAACAGCUGACCGGCGGCAGCAACAAUCGUCAGGACUCGACCACUUCCUCCAGGAGAUCCCGCGACGGGAACGGAGGAAGCAGCAACAGUAGCGUGAAAAGCAAUAGCAGCAACAACUACAAAGUUAGUCGAAGUCCGAACAACCGCAGGCACGGAUCGAACGGAAGUGGUGGCUCGGGAUCGGCGGUGGCGUCGUCGGGAAAGGGGGAAGUUGUGGCCGUGGCGGCGGCGUCCACGGCUUCGGUGGAGAAGACUGGCUCUGGAAGCGAUGGGCGUGAUAGGAAAGCAAGCAGCAAACCAUACUCGAUGAGGCCCCGUUCGGCGUCUAUCAAGCGGAAGUUCGAGAUGAAGCUCAAAAGUCGCUCGCUGCCAAAGUCCUUCAUGCGCCACAGCGCAUUAACAUCGGAUGAUCUGGAGUUGUCGGCAAUUUUCGCAUCGAAUUCGCCCCUUCAGCUGAGGGCCGUGUCCAGUCCCUCGUUGACGGAACCGACGCCACCGGUGGCAAUCACCACAACGGCCAACACCGUGCUCCAGCAGCAGCAGCAGCAUGCACCGGCGGCGAUGACGAAGGAUGGCCGUUUGGCUGUGACCCAGCAGCACCAACAGCUCGGCAAUAAGGCCGUGGUGCUGGCCAAAACCGGCGGCCACCACAAUCCGUCGCAGCAGGUUUCCGAGAGCGUGCUGCAAAAGUUCAAGAAAACCUUCGCCCAGUUCAAACCAACGACCAAAGCAGCCGCUAGUCCCCAACCUCUAUCGUCAGUGGGUCCAGGUUCCCACUCGUUCGACGCCGGAACCAACUUCCUUCCCCAGCAACAGCAGCAGCACCCUCCCCACCUGGUGACCACGAUGAGCGUCGACAGUGCCGCCAGCGACAGCACCAAGCAGGGCCAACUCACGACGCACCACCGCUUCGGGCCGCUAAUCUGGCGCUCCAGCAAGGAACGCCGGAAGACCAAGUCCCACCGGCGGGACAAGUGCAACAGUGGCGACUCCGGCAUCCAGGUCGAGCUGGAACCGGACGAGCUGCUGCACGAUGGGCUCGAUACGGCGGAACCAACGGUUUCAACCCACGCCGGCAGCGUGUCCGUGCGGCGGGCCAACUCGGCCAAGGUGUCUUCGGGCGUCACGGGGACGACCCUGCUGAAGCACAAACUCUCCCUGAAAAGCAACAACAAGGAGAACGUGGCGGCCAACGUGUCCCGGCUGAGCGGGAAAUCGUUGAGUCAACCGUCCGGGCUGGACAGCAUUGCGGCCGGUGGCGAACUGCGGAGGUCAGCGACGGAUCUGACCGACUCGGACAGUGACGACCACCACGAGCAUCAUCACCCGCACCACCAUCACCACCCCGAUCACCGGCUUCGACCCAGCGACGGCAACGACGACGAAGAGCCGGUUUUCGCCGAAGUUCUCUUUUCGUUCCGACCUGCUGGACCGCAGGAGCUGGCGCUCGAAAAGGGCGCCCUGGUUGAAGUCCUGAAGCGUGAAACCGGCCCGUGGUGGUGGGGCCGGAUCAAGUCCGACGCCAUCUUGGCCACCGACGAGGACGAAAUCGACACCUCCGACUGUGGCUGGUUCCCGAUGGACUUUGUCAAGGUGGUGCCGACCUUCAACAAGCCCAAACAGAUCAUCAUCAUCAACAACGGGACGCGGAACGGCGAGGACAGCUCGGUCAAGACUGACGGCGACUUGAAAAACUGUGAUAGCUUGGACGAUCCCACGGGGGCGGGGACGAUGAUGACGGAAGAUGGCGAGGGGGAGGGGCCAGUGGAUGCCACCGCUACUAGUCAGGACAGGCAGACCAAGGAGAACGUCAUCAAGGAGCUGCUCGAGACGGAGAUCAACUACGUCAAGCUGCUCAAUUCGCUGUGCUUGGGCUACAUCAAACCGCUGCGCGAGCGCGAGGACGUCUUCCCGGCGGAGAGCGUCAACAUUGUGUUCUCAAAUCUGGAAAAAAUCUGGCGGUUUCAGCAGACCUUCCUAGACGCACUCCGGAUAGCGGUGCCGAACAACCGGAUCGGCGAAGUGUUCCUUGAAUACCAAUCGGCGUUCAUGAUCUACUCUUCGUACUGCAACUCGUACCCGCGGGCCCUGAUGGAGCUCGAAAACUACACCCACAAUAAGGAAGCGUGCACGAUCUUGGAAAACUGUCGCGUGGCGCAAAACCUGCCCGAGCUACCCCUGUCGGCGCACCUGCUGGCCCCGAUCCAGCGCAUCUGCCGCUACCCGUUGCACCUGAGCGAGCUGGUGAAGCACUCGCCCACGCGGAAGGAGCUGCUGCCGCAGCUGAACCUGCGCAAGUGCACCAAGUCCGAGCUGGAAACGCUCGACUGCCGCGAGACGUUCGAGCUGGCCCUGACGGCGAUGCGGCGCGUCACCGAGAUGGUCAACGAAGGCAAACGCCACAGCGAGUACCUGUCGCGCAUCCAGUCCCGCUUCGAGAACUUCCAGGGCCCGUCGAUCAACGUGCACAGCACGCGGCUCUUCCUGCAGACGGACGCCAUCCGGAUGUCGCCGAACCUGUGGAACAACACGUACACGCUGUUCCUGUUUGAUCGGCAGCUGAUUUACUGCAAGAAGGAUUUGCUCAAGCGGACCAACUACAUCUACAAGGGUCGGAUAUUCCUGGACAAUUGUCGCAUCUUGAACCUGCCCGACGGGAAGAUGUUUGGCGUGACGCUGAAGAACGCGCUGCGGUUGUACUGCGACACGCGGAACAAGUGGUUCGACUUUUGCUUCCGGAGCAGUAGCAGCAAGUUGCGCUUUUUGAACACGUUGUCGGCCGAGCGGCAGUUUUGCGGGGAAAGUUUGUUCGUGUCGGAGCUGGACGGGGCUUGUGUGGACGAGGACAAUCUGUCGGAUCGGGAGUACUUCCCGUUCGGCGAGGACAAGGACGGGUGCAGCAAUACGGACACCGAAACGAGCAACGGCGCGGACUUGACGGACAGCAUGCAGUUCCUGUUGGGGAACAUGUCCCAGAGUGCGCGAAGUAGCAGCAAUUGCAGCAAUAGCGGUGUUCUGAAAGAAUCUCCUACGAACGUGAAGGCCACGACGAUGGCGGGGAACACGCUGCCGAAAAAGUCUCGAAAAUUGACCAAAGAACAGCAACAGCAACUGCUGGCACAACAGCAAACCGUGGAGUACAGUUCGCACUCGCUGGGCCGGCGAAAGUUGGGCAACUGGUUCCGGAAGGCCAAGAGCACCAACAGUACGCCCUCGCAGAGUCCCACCCAUCACCCGAUGGCCCUCUCGUUGGCGGCCGUCAACGCCGCCUCGGACAGCUCUUCCGCCAGCAGUCCCGGGCUUGGCUACCAGCAGCGAACGCUGUCCGCGCUGUCCGCAAACGGCACGACGGCGGUUCCCGCGGUGAGCAAAGGUAAACCAAAAGAUCCAACCAGUCACGGCAACGCCACCCUCAUGACCCAGUCGUCCACGUCCUGAGGGUACGCCGAGAGCACGCUGCUCUAGUUCUAAGUCAUCGUCAUCCCUCCCGCGCGAUCCGCCCUCCCCGCUCAUUUCAUUUCCGAAUCGCCCAGCAAACGCAUUAUUAGAUAGAUCUAUUUGUCUCUGACUGAAAAAGAAAACACUGGUAAUCUCCACUCUCUCCCCCGCGUUGAAUUAAUCCCAACUCUACUAAAUCCAAAUACUUAAGCUAAGGUUUUGAUUGGUUUGGGGCAAAAUUUUAACGAAACAACGAAACAAGUCAAAGUCUGUUUAGUCUUUUAUUAGCUAUACGAAAAAAAACCAUCAUGUUAAACAUCAAGUUAAGUUUCCUUUUCUUUAAUUCAACCAAGUGCCCCUCAGCUAAGCGAAAUUAUUGCUCUAAAUUUAACAAAAAAGAAAUCUAAAAUUAAACUUAUAAUUUACUGAGUAAGUUGUGUACGCCACCGCGCUGCUUGUUUUUUAAAACCAUUGGCUAAUUUAUGUAACAUUUAUGUAUUUACCUACUUAUAUACUCUAGUUUUGUAUCGAUUAGUAGUUACACUGUGUAUACUUUUCACCUGAAGCACACACAAUCACACGAAAUGGAAAGCUCUAAAACCUAAGUUAUUAUCCAAAAAACAAUGCCUGUAACCAAUGUAUUGAUUACGACUAGAGGAAAUUCGAAGCUAAUCUAUUAUGAAUUAAUAAAGUUUUAUUUUAUGCUGAAAUCUA